UUCUCUGCUCUGCCUUUUCUUUCUUCUUCUCCCUUAACAAUUAGCUAGCCUCCUUGAGCUUCGUUAUAGGCAGCAUGAAGGAGAAUGGUUGCAGUAGGAAACAGGGUGCAGCGUCACCAUGCGCAGCUUGCAAGCUACUGAGGAGGAGGUGCGCGCAGGACUGUGUUUUCGCUCCUUACUUUCCUGCAGAUGAGCCCCAGAAGUUCGCUAAUGUUCACAAGGUCUUUGGUGCCAGUAAUGUCAACAAAAUGUUGCAGGAGCUACCGGAGCACCAGAGAGGAGAUGCGGUGAGCAGCAUGGUGUAUGAAGCAAAUGCAAGGGUUAGGGACCCGGUUUACGGUUGCGUAGGGGCCAUAUCAUCUCUACAACAACAGAUUGAUGUACUUCAAACCCAGCUGGCUCUGGCUCAAGCUGAGGUGGUGCACCUUAGGGUUAGGCAGACCGCCUCCAUCUCCAACAAUGGGCUGAGCCCCUCAAGCCCAAGUAAUAGCGGCUCGCCGUCGUCGAGGUUCAUUGGUUCACAGGCUCGGCCCAUUUUCGACAUGGAUAUGAUGAUGGACCAUAGCAGCUUGGACUCUCCCAUGUGGUGCUGAUCGAGCUUAAUUACUACACAAGGAACGCUAAUUAUCGUUCACUCUAGUAUAUUCUAGAGUAAUUGAUCCUGCUUAAUUUUGCUUAUGUACCAUUAGUUCCUUACUACACACGGAGUAAAGUCUAGUGACGGUGAAAGCGGAGGCGGCGGAGACAGUGACGGUACUGACUAAGGUGAUUCGCCCGGUUUCUACGAGUUGCUAGAUUGUAAAUAUAGUUUUAACUUUUCAUAUAUUGGGUAAUCAUAUAUUGGCUUGUGGGACUUAUUUUCAUUAUGAAGUAAGUGACUUUAUGACUUUGGUAUUGUAAUUUGCUUCGAGUGGUUGAUGACUUUGAACACACCAACAUUUUUAGAUGGGUUCGGAA